GACGGGUAUCGGGAGGGCAAGUGUUUCUUCCGGCUCUUUCCUUUGGGCCCCGGAGUGAGAGAGUGUAACGUCCGGAUCAAUGGGGUGAAGCGCAGGUUUCGGACGCGGUGGAGUCUUUAGCGCGUGUCCCGUGACUCGCUCAGGCGCGCCGAAGGCAGUCCUGGGUCCUCGUGGCCAGCCAAGAUGGCUGCCCCCGCAGCGAGGGCUGCGCGAGAGUGGUCGGGCCUGCUGCUGCGCGUGCGGCGCCCUGACUUGCGGCUUCCAGGGCUAACUCAGGUGAGGUGGAGCCGCUAUGGUCCUGAAUACAGGGAUCCCCAGACUGACAAGAAACAUUACCGCAAGCCUGUGGCCGAGCUAACGGAGGAGGAGAAGUAUGAUCGGGAGCUCAAGAAGACUCAGCUCAUCAAAGCUGCUCCAGCGACGACAACAAGCUCUGUCUUUGAAGACCCAGUGAUCAGUAAAUUCACCAAUAUGAUGAUGAAAGGAGGAAACAAAGUCCUGGCUAGAUCCCUUAUGACACAAACUCUGGAAGCCGUGAAAAGGAAACAGUUUGAGAAGUACCAUGCUGCUUCUGCAGAGGAACAGGCAACCAUCGAACGUAACCCAUACACCAUCUUCCAUCAAGCACUGAAAAACUGUGAGCCUGUGAUUGGGCUGGUACCUAUCCUCAAGGGUGGCCGUUUUUACCAGGUCCCUGUGCCCCUAACUGACCGACGUCGCCGCUUCUUGGCCAUGAAGUGGAUGAUCACUGAGUGCCGGGAGAAGAAGCACCGGCGGACGCUGAUGCCGGAGAAGCUGUCACAUGAGCUGCUGGAGGCUUUUCGCAACCAGGGCCCCGUGAUCAAGAGGAAGCAUGACAUGCACAAGAUGGCUGAGGCCAACCGUGCCCUGGCCCAUUACCGUUGGUGGUAGAAGUCCCAGGAGGAGCCCAGGGCCCUCUCCCGCAAGAAACAGCCACAGCCACGAUGAAAAAUACCUGUGGCUUAAGGAUCUGGUUCCUUUUUAAGGGCCGGCAGUUCUCGUGAGAAGGAUGGAGCAGCAUGAUUAUUGCCCAUAAAUCAUUUUUUUUUUGAGGCUAGAACUUGUUCUCCCUGCCAUGUCUCCUUGUAAAGGGGGAUCAUCAAUUUGGGGAUUUCCUUCAAGAAACUCGGGGCCCAGGCUUCUCAUCCCUCAGCUUGGGGUGGACCUUUAGAUAAUAUAAGAGGGAGCAUUUUUAGUAUCAGAAAAGAUUUAUUAGAAAAUGUUCACACUGGACCGGUAUAGCAUGUGACCCAGUGCUACCAUUAAAACUGACUGGCGGAAA